AUGGCACCAACACAAGCUGAAGUCGAUGCCGCUCAGAACGAAAAGCUGCGAAGAAUCUAUGUCAUCGCUUGUGGGAAAGAACCUCCCGCACAGGAUAAAGACAACACCUACUUCAUGUGGAGAUGUUCUUGUAAGGGCCUUGGCAUAAAUGGGCAGCUCAUCGAUGAACUACGGGAGGCUUUGCCAUCCUUAUCCAAGGUCACUUGGGAAGACGUCACUAAGGAACUCAAUUUAGACCCUUUACGUGGCAAUGAACAAUUUUCAGGAAAACCCAUCCAAAACCUCUACCUACCACACAGCUUCAUCAAAACUUUGCUUGAUGAUGCAAGGACCUCUCUCCUGGCAUACGGCCAUCCUACAGAGCACAAAAAUGAAAGACAACAUAUACAAUUAGCAUCUUUUAUUAUUAGGGCAAUCCUGAAAGUGUUUGGGGGUGUUAUUCGCGACACAUCAGAGGAGCGUUUGCCUGCUAGCAACACGUCAUCCGGCGGAUCUGUCGAAGUCGAGUUAAGGAUCAAGAAUAAAAUUAUCAUCUUCGUCGCAGAAUUCAAGAAGCUUAUAAGGGGGGAUCCCAAUCAUAAGGUCCUCGCCCAGGCGGUGGCUGAGGUUACUUGUGUAGAACAAUACAAUCGCUUCCUAGGAUACACAUUUCCUAUCCACGCCAUCACUACCGACCUCGAAGAAACAGCGGUGUAUACAUGGGACCAUGACACUUCUUAUCUUGAUGGCUCGUAUACAGUGACACGGUCGCUCUUUUCCGUGGUGGUGGAGGGAUAUACUGAAUACAUCAAGGAAGAAUUGAACCAGUUAGCGCUACCAGCAACUCUGAAAAAGCCCAUUGCAACGUCAAAAAUAAUUCAUGCCCUCCAGGACAAUGAAUUCACGAAGAUUCUUCGCGCCAAUGCAGAGCUUCCAGGACCUAUCGAAGUUGAAGAAGACUCGACAGCAGAAGCAACGAAUCAGAUGCACCGGUGUGAACAGCACAUGACAGCAAUCUGCCACGCCCUCCUAUCGCACGUCGGGUUUAUCAUAGCCCCAAAACACCUCACAUCAAAGAAGAAACUUCAACUUUCCCAGGAUAGAUCUCAACGCGCGACUCGGCACCUUACUUAUUCCAUCAAGCCACUACAAUUCAGACUUUGCGUACGGAUUAUUCGUAGAGUUCCUGAUUCUAGCGAAUCUGAAGCGAGCGCUCCUGAUCCCGAGGAGAAUGAUCCCAAUGUCCUCGUAUCAAUACGCUGGAAGAAUAGUUUAGUGGCCCGAGCGACACGGGCUUACCGAACUGUCGUAUGGAGCUUCGACUUUGCUCAUUUUCUCAACGAGCAUAUGCUGUUUCCUUCCAAGUUCCACAAGGUGGAGGACAGUGGGUUUCACAACCCAGCUCUGUACAAAGAGUUUGUACACAUGAUGCAGCAGACUCUAUUGCAGCCAUUGUGGCAGAACAUCCAUAACAACUAUAGGGAGGUCGGCUCCGCUGACCCCGGAGACGACCCUCAUUCUAAGAAGCUGUACGAACGAUCCCUCGAACUCGUCGAGGAGGCCAAAAUGUUAUUGUCAAACCCAGACUCCACACAGGAGCAGCGAGCCCGUGGUAUGGAAAAAUUGCACGCGAGUGUCCGGUUACCGAUAUGGGACAGCAAGAUCUUCUCAGAAGAGGAAGUACUCCAGCAAGAUGAAGAAGGGUACAAGUUUCACGACGAGUAUGUUGAACCGGUCACCCGAGCCGAUCGCCUCGAACACGAGGGGGCUGCCUGACCUGGCAACCCCGAUCCUCCCCGAGGUGAUAAUUAAUAGGAUAUAGCAG